AUGAAAUCAUCAAAAAAGGACUUAAUAAUUAACGCUAUAAUGAUACGAUUUUAGACAAUUCAUUUCAAGCAAUGGAACAGUCCUCUAGACCACAAAUUCAACUACUAGCACACAAACUACAAAUCAAAAUUGGACUUAAAUAACCAAUUCUACAUUAAGCAAUAACUCCUAAGGAAAUAACACAAACAAUUAAAACUCCAAUACUUCAUCAAAUUCUACUAACAAUCAAAGUAGCCAAAAUAGUACGAAUUCCAAUUAAAAUACAGCCAAUAACAAUACAAAUAUAAAUAGUACAAGUAAUACCACAAGUCUAAAUAAUUAAUCUUCGAACAACAAUACUUCUACUAACAACAGUAUUCCUAAAAAUCAAACUAAUAAUACUAAUAGCUAAAAUUAAACCUAGAAUAAUUCAACUUAAAACUCUACCUAAAAUUAAACGUAAUAGAGUAAUUCAACAACAAAUAGCUCAAACAGCACUACUAAUUAGACAAUCUCAAAUAGUACUUCUAACACAAAUACAACUGCUAAUAAUUAGACUAAUCAAUAGAAUAAUACGAAUACCACAAUCCUACAAAACAAUACAAAUUCUACAAUCUAAACGAACAAUACUAAUUAGACCAAUCAGCAUAAUAAUACCAACAUUACAAAUCAACAGAAUGCUACCAACUCUACAAAUCAAGCAAACAUUACUAAUUCUACAAAUCAAUAAAACAACACCAGUAAUACCACUCAAUAGAAUAGUACUAAUUAAACUAAUUAGGUUAAUAAUACAAAUACAACUAUAAAUAAUGCAAGCUCAUCUGCAAAUAAUACGAAUGUUACUUCAAACAAUACAAAUUCUACUUAGAAUAUUACUAAUGCGACCUAAAAUAAUUUAACUUAGCAGAACGACUCGAAUAAGCAAACUAAUUCGACUAAUCAGACUGCUAAUAACAGCAUAUUAAGCAAUUAAACAAAUAACAAUACUUCAAAUAAUCAAACUUUAAAUUAGACAAGCAUUUCUAAUCAAACCAACUAGAGUAGUAUUAUAGCCAAUUAAGCAACUAAUCUCUCCCUAAUAAUUAAACAGCUAAUCAGACAUUAAAUUAAACAGCCAUGACUAACAACACUAAUCAAACUGUUUCUCCAAAUAUUACUUCUGGAAAUUCUACAUAACCAGUUCAAAACCAAACUUAGAACUAAACUUAAAACUAGUCAUAAAACUAGACUCAGAACUAAACAUAAAAUGCCACCAAUAAUUCAUCAUCGACGAAUUCGUCUACCAAUUCUAAUGAUACUGCUACGACUAACAACUCAUCGCAAAAUGAUUCUAAUCCAACUAAUUCAACUUCAACUAAAUCUUAAUAGUUGACAGAAUCUUAAAUUGAUCUGACAAAUGCAGGAUAAGAUUCUAUUCCAGAACAAAAGCAAAGCUCAAUGCUAAUUGCAUAUGUAUGUCUGCCAAUUAUUGGUGUUGUAAUGAUUGGGGGAAUAGCUGCUCUUGCUUUGAUUAUGAAAAAGGCUAGUUUUAAAACCAUUGCCUAAAUCAAUAAUAAGAACAACAAUGAUCCCGAUCAUUGGCUAAGAUAAAUGAAUACUAGUACAAGCUCUCAACAAAAUACAACUGUUGAGAAUCUUCACACAUCAUCUGGAUUAGAAUAAACUCAUAGUUUAUAUAGGAGUAAGAUUAUCGGUAAGAGAUCUCCUAGCGUAGUACCAAUGGUAGACGAGUAUUCGUUUUAUCAUUGA